CUGGCAGCAGGAAAAGAGAAAGUAAACUUAUCCUCUAUACACACACAGUCAUGACUGGGCGAGAUGAGAUCUCAGAGGGAAAAUCAAAAGUAAAGAUCCUGGUCCCAAGUGCAGGAAAUGAGAAGUCAGGACGGUUUCAUGGACCUGGAAUGAGAUCCAAAGGCUUUGCCAUCACUGACCUUCUUGGACUGGAAGCAGAGCUGCAACCACCAUCGGUAUCUCUGCCCAGCUGUGAAGGUCCAGGAAGUGGUCUAGGGGGGGUCUCCUUGACUAAUGGCUCAUUGCCCCUUGGGCUGGGGUUUCUGUGUGGUUUUGCCUCUCAACAGCCCACUGGGACUACCUGUCUACUCCCAACUCACAUCCCAUUUCUUCAGCCUAGAACAGAACAUCAGUACCUCCACAGCUCAGAGAAGCACAAGGAAAAUAUCUCUGAUGAUGACAGUCUUCUAGGUGAUAAGAGCGAUUUGAAGGCUGCCGGCUCACAGACAAAACGAAAGAAAAGACGACACAGAACUGUGUUUACUGCCCAUCAGCUGGAGGAAUUAGAGAAAGCCUUCAAUGAAGCUCAUUAUCCGGAUGUGUAUGCCAGGGAAAUGCUGGCUCUCAAGGCUGAAUUGCCAGAGGACAGGAUACAGGUCUGGUUCCAGAACCGGAGAGCUAAGUGGAGGAAGCGUGAGAAGUGCUGGGGCAGGAGCAGUGUUAUGGCAGAAUAUGGCCUGUAUGGGGCCAUGGUGAGGCACUCCAUCCCACUACCUGAGUCCAUUAUCAACUCAGCAAAGAAUGGACUUGUUGGUUCCUGUGCUCCAUGGCUAUUGGGUAUGCACAAAAAAUCUGUAGACAUCUCCAGGAAGGAUUUGGAUGAAAUGGCAACAGAUAGUUGCAGGUCAGAACAGCAUCAUAUCGACGCAUUGUUAUCCAGGCCGACAGAAUCCCAACGAAGCAUGCAGGACCGAAGCAAUACAAUGGAUACUACAGAAGAUAGAGCCAUUGACCUCUCAAGUACAGCAAAACAAGACACACAAUGCAGUAUACGGCACAGAUCCUCUAGAGACAGUCACAGUGAGCUCACAGAUAGUGAGCACUGAGUCCACUGCUUCUUAGAUGAAGAAAAGAAGCAGGUAGUUUGGGGUGGGAGCAAAUUGCAAUGGUCAAUGUGGCUGCCGCACUGAUAUCAUGGACUUUAAUUAUUGUAGAUGUAUUUCAACUUCAAGCAAUAUUUUCUGAAGAUUUUUUUUAUGUCCAGUUUUAUAACAAAAGAUUUUUAUUAAGCAGUUUUCCACAUCAGAACAUAAGCUAAUGGCAUGUUUGUGUAAAUUAUUAGUUUCUUUUUUCAUUUUUAUUUAUCAGGAAUAGGCAAUUUUUGUACAGACCUUUUUUGGGAUUUCUGUUUCUGUAAAUAGAUAAUAUGUCUUCUGUAUCAUACCAUCACAGCAACAGUAUACAGUAAUACAUUUAACACAAAGCAAGCACACUGUAAACUCAGUAAACAUAUACAUAAUAACCAAGUACACUGUAAACUCAGAAAACGUACACAUACUGUAAUAAGCAAGCUCACUCUAAACUCAACAAAUAUACAUAUAAACAAGCACACUGUAAACUCAAUAAAUAUAUACAUAUUAAGAAAGCACACUGUAAACUCAACAAAGAUAUACAUAAUAAGCAAGCACCCUAAACUCAGUAAACGUACAUACUAAGCAUGCAGUCUAUAAACUAAGUAUUACUAUACAUCAGUGGUUCUCAAACUUGGUCCUCAGGACCACACACAGUUCACAUUUUCCAGGGCACCUAUCAGGUGUACAGGUGUACUCAUUACUCACUGAUACAUUUUAAAAGAUUUACAGAUGGAGCUAAUUAUUUAAUUUGCAAAUCUGUGAGGAGACCUGGAAAAUGUGAACUUUCGGGGUCCUGAGGACCAAGUUUGUGAACCUGUGAUAUACAUAAUAAGUAAGCACACCGACUGUAAACUCAGUAAACAUAAUAAGCAAGCACACUGUAAACUUAGCAAACACAUCCAUAAUAAUAAUACAACGUAAACUCAGUAAACAUAUAUAUAUAUAUAUACAUAUAUAUAUAUAUAUAUAUAUAUAUAUAUAAAAUAAGCAAGCACAAUAUAAAUAAUAAGCAAGAAAACUGUGAACACAGAAUAUACACUUACGUAAUUAUGCUUUGGCAUGCAUCAUUUUAUACUCCCAUCAUUCUGUACAUCUUUUCUAAAAUGUAAAUUAAAUUAGAAAUAUAUUUGAUUAUACAUGACAAAAGUUUACACACAUCAGAAAGCAUUAUACUUUCAUUUUAUUUCCCAGUUGUAUAGAUUCUGAAUCUGCAUCGUUUACGUAUUCAUGUUCCAGGCAGGGACCUUUACGUUUCUGCAACAUAUUUUGAGACUGAAAUUUAGACAUUGACAUUUAUAUAUUUUUUUAAAAAUAGGUGUUUUCUUUCCUUCAAUGAUGUGUCCAGCAAUGUAUCUCAGUACAAAAGUGUCAUGUCAGCAGUAUGCAAUGUGUUUAUUUUUAUAUAGUGAGAAGGAAAAUAUUAAUGGUUAAAAAUAAAUUGUCAAGAUAUUAAUGGCCUCAAAUUGCAGAUUUUUUGUAUUCCGAAAAAUAAAUGAGUUCCAUAAAAUAAAAAUCGAUUUGAAUAGCUCAUUGAUUUUAAUAAAUAUUUCUAAGAUAAACUUAAAACUUGCAGUCCGGCAUCUAAUAAGAUGGCACCAUUAGAUAGCAAUGCUCAAUGGAUAUUUACAGUUCAGUUUAGCUGUGUAUACUGUGUGUGCACAUAUAAAAUAGGAGUUUCUACCUAGAAAAUAGGAUUGAAUCUACUGGUGUGUAACAAAUACACUCCGGACCCAUAAAAUUCACUCGUAAUACUAUUCAGAUAUACAUACCUUGUAGUGUUUUUAGAUGAGGAUAUGGUAUAAAGGUAAUUUUGUGUAAAAUGUUUUAGUGUAGAUAUACAGAUUUUUAAUUUUGAUUUUUAUUGCAUAUAUAAUAAAAUAAUAGCAUAUAUAAUAAAAUAAUACUUUUAGUUGAACCCUUAAUCUGAAAUAG